AACUGUUAUCCCGCGGUGCUUUGAAAUGCAAGUUAAUGUAAUGGUCUGUCUGACAGGUCCCAGGACAGUGUGGCCAGAUGAGACCAUGGGUCCAUUUGGGCCUCAGGAUCAGCGCUUCCAGUUGCCAGGCAAUGUGGGUUUCGACUGUCACCUGAAGGGUACGGGGUUACAGAUGAAAGGGCCGGUUCACAGGACGGUCCCGGACGUUUUAACCGCCCCAUCCAGCACCGAGAGACACGAGUUCAUCCUUGCUCAGUUUGUGAAUGAGUAUCAGGGUAAAGAAGCGUCUCUGGCGGCGCAGAGAGUCAGUAAAGCUGAACACUAUUUCAGUCAGUCAGAUGUGGAGUGCUCCAUGCGUUCCUGCCCAGAGCUGCUGAAGAAAGAGUUAGAGCUGUUUUUCCCAGUGCUGCCUGCGAGUCCCAUCACUGUCGUCACGGUAACACAGAGGAAGCAGAAAACGGCCACAGAAGAUCAGAACCAAGAUCAACAGGAACUACUAGAUCAUUUUGUCAGUGGUGCUAAAGAAAUCUGCUUCACACUGUGGAGAGGAGGAUACUGGGCCGAUUUCAUCAAUCCACUGUCAGGAAAAGCUUUUUUUGGCGCUCAGACGCCGGACUCUAUUCUACAGCGUCACGCUGGCUUUCACAUCGAGGACCUGGCGUCGUGUACGGUCAUACGCCACGUCUUCAAGGAGACGUCCACGUUCGUCUUAACGCUCAUCACUAACGCACCUUCCAACAGUCUGAUCAUGGAGAAACUUCAGGGACAAGCCAGCGCCUCAGAGGACAGAGACUGAUGGACGUUUGCAAGCCUGAGCAAAAUCUACGUACUGUUUCUUAUAGAAGAGAUUUUUGAAUAAAACUUGCUGGUUGUGAUGUUACAAAAUGAGCUUUUGAGAGUAACUGCUGUUCUGAGGUGAUUAAAAAAAAAACAGCAAAAAUGUUAAUUUAUUAAAAAAAAUAUGAAUACUUAAUGAAAUGAACACAGACGUGAAUCCACAUGGUGCUUUACAAAACAUCAGCAGCCUUUGAGAGAACGUACUGUGGGUAAAACAUCGUCUAGAGUCGGGACGCCUGAAACAGAGGAAACGCAGCUCAACUAGUGCCACAAUGUCUGACUAACAUUUUUUUUUUUUUUUUUUUUUAGGUAAACAUAUCAUGAUUUUAGUGCACUAGAAUACUAUUAGAUGAACUGUUCAUUUCAGUUUGACUGGUUUUUGUCUUGUUGAAUGUGAAUAAAGUUUGUCCUCACCCAGCGUUUGCAGGGGUUGAAAAGCGGAAAGGAUUCCUCAUGUUCCUUCAGCUUUACGAUGAUACUGUGAAAUACAAUACAAACACCAACUGUCUGCAGUUUCCAAAUGAACGGAGGAGCCUUUUAUUGUGUAAA